GUCUAUAUUUCCGGCAAACACUCGGCUCUCACCCAUAUCUUUUUCUUUUUCCGUUCGUACGUAAAACAUGACGGGUUUCAGUGAAAAGGCCAUUCUCAUCGAUGGUCGUGGCCAUCUGUUAGGCCGACUGGCUGCUAUUAUUGCAAAAGUUUUGUUAGAAGGAACAAAAGUUGUUGUAGUAAGAUGUGAACAACUGAAUAUUUCAGGAAACUUCUUCAGGAACAAGUUGAAGUUCAUGUCCUUCUUGCGUAAGAGAUGUAACAUCAACCCUGCACGAGGACCUUACCAUUUCAGAGCGCCCUCCAGAAUUUUGUGGAAGACUGUUCGUGGUAUGGUGCCACACAAGACCGAAAGGGGAAAGCAAGCUCUUCGCAGACUUAAGGCAUAUGAAGGUUGCCCAGCACCAUUCGACAGAAGGAAACGUCUAGUUGUUCCAAAAGCAAUGAGAGUCAUGUGUCUUAAACCUGGCCGCAAGUACUGCCAUGUUGGUCGCUUAUCAAAUGAGGUUGGAUGGAAAUAUCAAGAUGUUGUACGUACUCUUGAAAACAAGAGGAGAGUUAAGACUAUUCUUAACAUCAAAAAGAGAAAUAAUCUUAAGAAACUCACUAAGAAGGCUGGUGAGGCAGUCGCCAAAAGGGUUGCGCCGUACACACAAGUUAUUAAUUCUUAUGGAUACAAUUAAAUUUGUAACUUUAAUAAAAACUAAAUGAAAUAUGGUGGUGUU